AUGGUGAAGAACAUGAAGCAGAAAUGGGCUUCAGCUCGGGAAGAGGAAGGACAAACAGGCAAUGGAGGCCCUGUCCGUCGUUCCAAUCAUUUUUGCAUUAUGGAAGUCUACUGGGGCGAUGCGACGGGCAUGAACAACAGUCCUCAUCUCAGCACCGAGGACACGGACACUAUUGCAGCUGCAUGA